AUGACAACGUAUUGCUUGUUUAACGUCUUCUCGCAACUUACCUUGGGGUACUCUCAUUUUCAGUUAGAUGAUAACGGUACUGCCUCUCCUGGGUACGCUAUAACCACUGGGAAAACUGUUGCGCUUCCUGAAGUGGACGAUGAUUUAGAUGCGAAUAGUAAGAACCGCAUAAAACGAGAUCUAUCAACUUUCAUUAGAAGAUCUGAGGAAGGUAUGGUUGAUCAGCUGAUUGGUCGAGGACGUGCGGGAAGUGACGAAGUUCAUUGGAGCUACAGCGAACACGUUGGUCCUAGCAUUCGCAGAGAGUUUGCCGAGAAUCCAGAAUUUUCACAGUGUGGAGUGACAAAUGGCAACGACUGGUUGCACCCGUUGUCAGACGUGGUGUACGAGGAUUUAUAUCAAUUCCAAGAUCUACGGAAAAUUGGAAAGCCAUUGGACCAUAUUGAAGAAACUUGUUUUCCUCCUGAUAGGGAAACGUAUAUAAAAUCAGAGAGGGAUUUGCUGGAAUCUCUACAAGUGGCAGCUAAUGAGGUUGUAAUUGAUGAAAUAUCGAAUACUGGAGAAUAUCAACAAUAUGUCGCUAGUGUCCAUCGACAUUCUCCACAACAGUAUGUGCGGUCAAAUCCCGAUCAUCUCAGUCAGACAGGAUCUCCUCACCAAACAGAAACUGUUCCGGAUACUAAUAGAGAGCUUCGUACCGUUCAAAACGCCUCAUCGACGUUGGAAAUGGGGAGAAUUCAUCCUCUGCAAUACGAGGUCGGAGCGAUGAAUAUAUUUAAAGGACCAUUUAAUCAAUCUGAAGGUGCGCCUCCUCCACAUCAUGUUCCAAUUUCAUUGUCGACUUCGAAAUCACAACCCCGUCAUCCAUUAUGUGGAAAAUUGGACGAUGAAUCUCUUGACCCUGUACAGGAUGAUCAUUUUGUUCAUGUUAUUACCACAACUUCACAGGAACAUAAUGAAGGCAAAAGACGAAGAGUGAGAAAAAAGCAGCUGGUGGAUAACAUGUUUGCUAAUCGUGGACAAGCAGCUUUACAGUGUGAGCCAUCGAUUGAUCCCGCAACAGGUCGUUAUGUUGUUCAAUUGGAUGACUUGCGUGGUCUACAUCAUGCAAACACUAAGUGCCAACGGUACGUGAAACAACCAACAAUCCAAAGCUUUCGCAAGAUGGCAGAUUCGGCUAGGAGAGUAGGAGGUGCGUGUAACUGGAGAGGUGCUGGUCGUCAACAAAAAGCACGAGUAUCGAAGAUCGAGCAAGCACCCCGAUUUACUACUAAUUCAACACCAGGAUCUUCAUCUUCAUCACAACGACAUUUACCGUCUGAUUUAGAUCAGUAUAACUAUUCAAGAAAUGUUCAACAAAGAUUAGGGUCCAGUGUUGUGACCACUCAGAAACCUCUGAAAAGUUCAGCCUUAGAGAUGAACAUGGUCGGUUACGCCGAUUUGAAAGAUCGCAGGAAUCCGGUAAAGCCUCGAGAACGUCCAGCGAAGAGGAUGUUCCAUGACCGUGACUCCAGCGUUGCCACUUGGAAAUGUACGCAGAAAGCUGGUCGUCCUCCAAAGAAACUUCGUGGAAGACUUGCGAAGCCAAAGCAGGCAAUUCGAGAUGCAGCGAGAGCUCAAAAAUUGGCAACCAAAGGGAGCUUGCAGUCCUUGUUUGAUUCAUCGUUUAUCCAUAAUGCUGCAUUACUUCAUGAAGUAGGCGAAGUGCUGAUACAGCCAGUUACGCAAAUCUUUCUAUACAGCCAGAAAGAGUUACGAAGAAACACCGAGACUAAAGAGUACGCAACGACGACUGCUCUUGAUAACAAUAUGAGUACAAUCGUCGUCUGA